AUGUAUGUCACAACUCCAGCUUUCUCUGUCAUGCUGAAUGAGAGCUUGCAUGGGUUUUUUCAAGCUAAAAAUGGUAUUAGGCAGGGUGAUCCUAUGUCACCUCUGCCUUUUGUUUUAGCCAUGGAAUACCUAACAAGACUGAUGAAGAAAAUUGGUGAGAAAAAGGAGUUCAGGUAUCAUCAGAGGUGUGCUGAUCUUAAGCUUAAUCACCUGGUCUUUGCAGAUGAUCUGAUGAUCUUCAGUAGAGAAAGUGUUCAACAUGUUGUUAUGGCUAAGCAUGGGUUUGUAGAGGGAGUGUUUCCCUUUCAUUAUUUGGGUGUGCCUCUAAAUACUAGGAGAUUGAAAGCUAUGCUCUUACCUAAGACUGUGAUGAUGAGGAUUGUUCAAUUAUGUAGAGCUUUCUUAUGGAAUAGUCAGGCUUCUAUGUCUAAGAGCCCUCUAGUGGCUUGGAAUUGGGCUUGUAAACCUAAGAAAGAGGGAAGUCUAGUCUACAUCAAAGAAGAUAAUUGGUGGGCUUAUAAUGCCCCCACCAAUGCUAGUUGGGGAUGGAAGAUGUUAUGUAGGGUCAAGGAUAGAUUGAAAGCUAGUUUUGAGAAUAAAAGCUGGGAAAGUGGCAAGUACUUGAUUGCAAAAUGCUACAAAUGGCUGAGAGAAGGUGAGCAAAUUAGAUGCCACUGGACAAAGUGGUACAUACUACAAUGGUUGAGAAUGACCAGCAUCCCUGCUGCAGAAAUUCAGAGAGCAUAG